UACCGCCGGGGAGCGAGACGGAGCCCUGGGAGGGCCGCAGGGCGGAGCAAUAGUAGAGCUAAGUAGGGUUCGGUCGGGCGUGGAUGCUAGGUGGCGGCCGGCUGGGUGCUGGUAGACUAGAGCGUCCGGGGACUGGACACGACUCACAUCGUAGCCUCCAGGUAUUAGUGUCAUUCAAGGAUGUGACUGUGGAGUUCACCCGGGAACAGUGGCGGCUAAUGGACCCUGCUCAGAGGACCCUGUACAGAGAUGUGAUGCUGGAGAACUACAGCCAUCUGUUCUCAGUGGGAUAUUGCUUUAAAAAGCCAGAAGUAAUCUUCAGGCUGGAACAAGGAGAAGACCGAUGGUUAUUACAGGAUGAAUUGCUGAAGAGGGACCCAGGUGAGCUUUGGAGGACUGAUGAUCUUUUAGAGAAGAGCCAUGAAAACCAACACAAAUAUUUCUGUCAAGUCUCAUUCAACAAGAAAACUUUUUCUACAGAGCAAGAUAAAAUUUCAGAAAAACCGGUUCAUCAGGGCAUAGACAUUUUUCCUUCAAGAAAAAUACUCUCUAAAUGUGACACUGAUGUUCCCACAUGCUUGGAUCUCUAUCUAUUGGUCCCACAUCGUUACUCAAAGAGGCUUGUCAGUUUAAUACAUCUUCUUUCAGUACUAGAAAUGAGAGCAACUUCCAUUGAAUGUAAGAAUGCCCACAUAAAAGGAGGAUCUUAUAAAUUUGGGAAAAAAUUAUGCGAUAAAUCAAACAUCGUCUCUUCAAGUAUUUGCAUAGAGAAGAGUCACUCUGAAUUUAAUGAUGAUGAAUGUAUUAAAACCAGGAACAAUUUCAGUAAGGUUACUGCACUUCAGAGAACAAGAGAGAAAACUUUAGGUCAAAAAGCACAUUUCAGAAAAUAUCAGAGAACUCACACAGGAAUGAAAUCCUUUGAAUUUGGAAAAAACUUAAACCACAAUUUAGCUAUUACACUGCAAGAGAGGACUCCCACAAAAGAGACGUCUUGUGAUAAUGACACUUACAGGGAAACCUUCAGUUCUCAGUCAGCUUUCAGUAUAUGUCAGAGAACUCCCAGAAGACAAAUACAGUAUGAGAGCAAUGAAUAUCAGUUCUUCUCUAGAAGUUUAUCCCUCAUCAUACAUCAAAGAACUCACACAAGUGAGAAACCCUAUGAAUGUAAUGAAUGUGGGACAGCUUUUUCUAGGAAAUCAUCCCUAAUAGGGCACCAGAGAACUCACAGAGGGGAGAAACCCUAUGAAUGUAAUGAAUGUGGGAAAGCUUACAGCUGGAAAUCAAGCCUUGUAAUACAUCAGAGAAUUCACACAGGGGAGAAGCCCUAUUAAUGUAAUGGAGAUGGGAAGGCUUUCACUCAGAAGUCGAGCCUUGUAAUACAUCAGAAAAGUCACACAGGGGGAAAACCCUGUAAAUGUAAUGAGUGUGGGAAAGCUUAUACCUGGAAGUCAAGUCUUAGACUACAUAAGAAAACUCACACAGGGGAGAAGUCCCAUGAAUGUAAUGAAUGUGGGAAAGCUUUCACCUACAUGUCAUGCCUCAGAGUACAUCAGAGAAUUCACACAGAGGAGAAACCCUAUGAAUGUAUAGAAUGUGGAAAAACCUUCCUCUGGAAGUCAUUCCUGAGAGCACAUCAGAGAACUCACACAGGAGAGAAACCCUAUGAAUGUGAUGUAUGUGGGAAAGCUUACACCUGGAAGUCAAACUUUGAACUACAUCAGAGAACUCACACAGGGGAGAAGCCCCAUGAAUGUAAUGACUGUGGGAAGACUUUUACCCAGAAGUCAAGCCUUACCAUACAUCAGAGAAGUCACACAAGGGAGGAACCCUAUAAAUGUAAUGAAUGUGGAAAAGCUUUCGCCUGUAUGUCACACCUCAGAGAACAUCAGAGAAUUCACACUGAGGAGAAACCCUAUGAAUGUAUAGAAUGUGGAAAAACCUUCCUCUGGAAGUCAAUUCUGAGAGCACACCAGAGAACUCACACAGGAGAGAAGCCCUAUGAAUGUAAAGUAUGUGGGAAAGCUUACACCUGGAAGUCAAGCCUUGAACUACAUCAGAGAACUCACACAGGGGAGAAACCCUAUGAAUGUAAUGACUGUGGGAAGACUUUUACCCAGAAGUCAAGCCUUAUCAUACAUCAGAGAAGUCACACAGGGGAGGAACCCUAUAAAUGUAAUGAAUGUGGAAAAGCUUACACCUGCAUGUCACACCUCAGAGUACAUCAGAGAAUUCACACUGGGAAGAAACCCUAUGAAUGUAUAGAAUGUGGAAAAACCUUCACGUGGAAGUCAAGCCUUGAACUACAUCAAAGAACUCACACAGGGGAGAAACCUCAUGAAUGUAAUGACUGUGGGAAGACUUUCACCCAGAAAUCAAGCCUUAUAAUACAUCAGAGAAGUCACACAAGGGGGAAAACCCUAUGAAUGUAAUGAAUGUGGA